CACACACACACCUACACACCCACACCGUUCCCCGUUUCGUCUCGCUAUAAUUACACUGACACUUGCGAUUGUGCGUCGGGCGACCUCCGCCUGAUGGGUGAAUGUGAUUCUCUAAACCCGGCGUAGUGUGGCGCCGUGGGCCGAGCUGGUUAAAGCGGCGGCGUUACCGCGUCUGACGCGUCCGCGGUAACGGCCCCGAUGGAUGCGUCGUUCUCCAAAGAUAAGGAAAAUUAACAGCAACGGCAGCCCGUUCACAGCCGCCUUGCUGGUUUGAUCACAUGUUCUUUUUUAAUUGCAGCGAAAAAAGUUUGAGAUAUUGAAACGCCACGUAACGUAUAGAAGACAAAUCAGGUGCAGAUGUAAGAUUCUAGUCAAGCCUCUCCUUGUUCAUGAUAGAUUACGUUUAGUGUAAGAACUGCUUGACUUUUCACCGUGGGUCAUCGUCAAGACAACAUUUUUAUUUGUUUAGGACUUUGGUUUAUCCUUCGAAUAAUUACACCAUCGGUUGUAGCUGCACUUUGUGUGUGGCGCUAAUUAGCCAAUGCUACAGUAGCAUGCUAACAUGCUAAGCUAAGAUCAUUAAAUGAGGACGUACAUUAGAUAGUCAUGCUUGAGUUGCUUGAGUCCUUAUUAGAGAAACGCAGCAACAGUUUUGAAGAGUCCAACACACAGUUCUCCAGAAGUAGAAGCACGAGCAGCAGACUCUGGACAAAACCCACCACGUCUUUCCCGCAGUCACACGUUGAGCGUUGCUGCUGUCGGACCACAGACGAACACAAGUGAACACACAUGACAACACACUGUCACACUAGACAGAUGGCAGGAUUACAACAGGCUUAUUUGUUUACUCUCUUUGAUACAGCUCUGCAUUUAUUUUUAUUUAUUGUUUUGCUUUAUUUGAGGCUCGCGACUUCGCCGAGCGUGGAAGUGUCAGCCACGCGGGCGAGCAGACGGAGAGAGAGAGAGAGAGAGAGAGAGAGAGAGAGAGACGCUCGCGCCAAAUUCACACUCGUCUUCCUCGGCGCUUCGGGUCGACGCUGGCACGUUCAGCUCGCCCCUCUCAAUAUGCGCGGCUGCUGUUGUUGACGCCGCGGCGGGAACGGCGCUUCUCCACGCGCGCCGCUUCCUGCCUCGCGCCUCACCACUGCUGAGGAAUCUGUGCCGGGAUGUCUCAUUUCCUGGGUUAUUUCAGCUAUGAAGGCAAUGUUCGGCGGCGUGAAUAGAACCGUGGCGCUGCCUUAGCUCACUUUUAAACCCUGCGCGUCUGCCGAGCAGAUCCCAGUGAGCCCGCGGCACUCCGCCUCCGUGUGCAUGAGCGUAAGGGUGCGCGUGUGUGAGCGUGUGUGACAGCAAGUGAGCGCCCGCGCUCCCACAUGGCCUCCAUGCAGGACGGGCUGAACUUCACGGCUCCUCCCUACGGCAAGGUCCUGCUGCUGGGCGCCAUCGCUGCCGCCUCGGCCUUCGUGGUGACCAUCCUCAUCGUGGUGCUCUGCGUGGGCUGCCAGAGGAAGGGGAAGGCACACAAUGUCCCCGGCGAGGGUGGGAAGCACCGUCUCAUGGACAUGGGCAUUCUCAAGCAGUCGAAGCUGAGGUCCAUCAGUAAAUCAGACACCGAGAUGAACAAGAUGAACUGCAACGGCAAAAAGGCUAGAAAGAAACGUCCAGCCAGCAUGGACCUUCUGCUGCUGUCCAGCCGCCGGUCUAACUCUGACCUUCGUUCUCAAGGCAGGCAGCUUCCCCAGAUCCCCUCUGGGACCGGCGAGGACGGGGAGCACACUUACUCGGAAGUGGGCCGACGCUCCUCCACCACACGUACUGACGAUGCCCUUUACGCCAUGGUAGGCAGGGCCGGGCAGACGGACACUCCGGCCCCUCCGGCCGUUCCCGCCAACACCCCGGCGCCCCCGGACCCCGACGGCGACGUGGAGGGAGGGCUGCCCGAACCCGAGGCCCAGGUCAUGUCGCCCCCCCACCCUCCGGAGACGGCGGAGUACGCCUGCGUCAGGAAGCUGCGGAAGGCCGACAAGGCUCCCCAGAAGAGGGACAGCGGGACGGACAUGGGGGAGCCGCCGGCGCCGCCGCCGCGGCACGCGCCCCCAUCGCACCCCGCCCCUCCCCCGCCGCACCCCCACAGCACCAAGCUGCCCCGAAGGAACGUGGAGGCCUUCAGCGUCCCAUCGUUCCCCAAGGAAGUGAUGUUUAUGGGCAACGGAGAGCAGUACAUCUGGAAGCCUCCAGAGGAUGAGGACAUGCUCAUGCUGCAAAAUAAAGCCCUGGGCCCAGUGGGUGCUCACACGAUGGAGAAUAUACAACCAUCUGCUGCUGCGGUGGCUGAGAUGUACUCGAAGGUGUGUAAACCGGGGAAGAAGAAGAGAGCCGUGCCGGGGUCUCCCCCCGCCAACCCCGGCUUCCGGACCUUGGGUCGCGGUGACCGGGACCGAGAGCGUGACGGGGGGUUUAGUGUAGUGGUCAAACCCCAGACGUGGGCGCCUCAGGAGGGCAAGGCGGUCGGAGGGCCCCUCGACGACCACUGCUACGAGUCCAUCGGGACAGAGGAGUGCGACCCGGCCUAUGAGAACAUGGAGGGGGGAGGAGGCUGGAAGCGAGAGAGGCCCCCCAACACAUGUGCCACCCUGCGGCCGCGGAGGAAGAAGGCCCAGCAGCCGCUGCAGCAGCAGCAGCCGCCUCCGCCGCCGCCGACGCAGCAGACCCCCAAGCUGCAGCACCUGCCGGCCAAAGCCCUGCUGCUGCCGGGGGAGAACCUGUACGAGAGCAUUGGCGACUUGAAGCAGGGCUCCGCCACCUCUAGCACCACGACCAUCUUCACGUUCAACGAUGGCAUGGAGAUGUAUGUAACAGGGCUCUGAGGCAGCGGCUGCACUGUGACCUCCCUACCCGUCCAACACAAGGAGCUGAGCUAACACCACCCGGAGUGACGGCCGAGCCCCUGUCAUGCUCACCCACACAUACUGUUUACAUUCAAGUCAUAACAUCAUGCCUUUCACAGGCUCCAGAGGCCUGGGGCAGCAACGGUGAUCUGUUAUGACCUGGGCUGAACACAGAGUCCAAUCUAUAACCUUAUAAAGAAUCCAAAGGUAGUGAAUAACAAGUGAGCACAAGACCAUUGCAGAGCAAUCUGUAGAUAAUAGUAGCACUUCUAUUUUACUGAUACACAUGUGCAAAGCACAAUAAAGCGAAAAGCCUAAAUUCUUCCUCAAUUCUUGCGGGUAAAAUAGUCAUUUAUCUGGUCCUAGAAGGACUCCUGUUUGGGGAAAUGCACAGCAUUGAGUGAAAUCCUCUGGUAGCACUUAGUCGAGAACAGGCCUUCCCUGUAGUUGGUCAAGUUGUGAUUCAGGACAGAAUUUAAAUGAUAUAAAAAUGGAUAAAUAAUCAAAAUACUUGAAAGCUCAGGGACCAAGAUAAACAAUUAUGAGAGUAUUAAAACACACUUUGCAUAUCUCCUAAAUGCCUCCACUGGUUUUGACCAUUGUCAUAAUAAAAGAAGCGACCAGGUUCUUCCCUCCGUCACGUUUUGUUUCAUCACACAUGGACUGAACACUGUCUCCACUGCCGUCUGUAAAUGAAAUGUUUUACUUUGUUGAUCCUGUUCCUGCACUUUGCCUGCUACAAGUUGCAUGCUAAAAAGAAAAAAAGAACAAAAAAUCAAGCUCUGUCAUGUGGUACCUAUAUAUGAAUGUUUUUCUUUUCUAUUGUCGUUGGUUGUUUUUUUUUCUUUUCCUUUUAGUGUGUUGCUUUAUUUCUCUGUAGAGCACAAAGCCAGUUAGAUGAAGGAUGCUUUUGGCUCAGUGGGACUCUGUGCAGCAGAGAGGAGUGUUAAUUCUGUCUCCUCCUGCGACACACACACACACACACACACACACACACACACACACACACACACACACACCGUACAAAUGAAUCAAGACUAAAGAGAACUGUUUGAGUCCUAAAGGUGGAGACAGUCCACUCGACCCCCUCCUCCCCCGCGGCCCCACCUCUCCCCACCGCACACACCCUCCUCCUCCGAUCAAUCCGCUCAUCUACAGCCGAGCUGAUGUGUAUUAGCAAACGUCUUGUCUCAUCAUCACCCCAUCGACGAACACUCUCGCCUCUCUCUGUUAUCAGUGUUAAAAAAAAGGGAUUUCAAACGAGAAAAAUGUGACGCAAAGGGUUCACUAAGCGGCAGAGCAUCAGCGCGAGGAGAAAAACACACAAAAUUACAUCCAAAUCCUGGACGAUGCAACGAUAAGUUCAUUUGACCAAAUAUCCCCAGAUAAACAAUGUGAUUAUACUGUAUGUUGAUGCAAUGUGUAUGUACAUUACAAAAGAGAAAGAAUAAUAAAUAUAUCAUCAGUGUCAAGAAAUCUAUCUUUUUCUAUUAUGUUUAAUUGUGUUUUGGAAUGACUUAUCUUGUGACACGAACUGCAAAACAGCUGCAAUGUAAAUUUUAGUGUAUUCUGUUUGUUGUUUUCGAAGCCAUGAAGCUACGGUGUGUUCUUGGAAAGCCCAGCUAAGUUAAAUGUGGCAGCUAAUGUUGUGUGUUUGCUAUUCAGACUACAGGGUCUUGUACUCAAAAGCGUGUAAUUAAGUGCUAAGUGCAAAAGAUUGUAAUGUUUUAUAUUAAAAUUACUAUUCAUGAAAUGUCAGUCAAGUUUAUACUUUUGUAAUAAAGUGGCACUUUAAAAAAUA